AUGCAACUUGUUGACGUACAAGAAGCUUUACUUCAAGUUGGAGAAAAAGAUAAUGAUGCUGCAAUUGCAAGUGAAGCAACUUCACUAGCAGAAAAAGAACUUGGUGACUUUAAAUUUUUGGGAAUUGAAGAUAAAGAUCUUAAGUCGUCUUGUCAUCAUCUUGAAAAAGCACUCAAGUUUGAAGAAAGAUCGGAUAUUGAUGCUGAAGAAUUUUAUACGGAGUUGAAAUUAUUUGACACAUUGGAAACCAAUGAAUUUAGCAACCCCAUAGAUGUUUUGAAGUUUUUGAAAGAACUUGAUUAUUUCCCAAAUGCAAGCAUUGCAUAUAGAAUAUUGUUGACUAUUCCAGUAACGACGACAUCUACAGAAAUGAGUUUUUCUAAGUUGAAGUUAAUGAAGUCUUACUUACGCUCCACAAUGUUCCAAGAAAGACUUAGUGUUUUGGCGAUGAUAUCUAUCAAGAACGAAAUCUUAGAGAGCAUAGACUACGAAGAAUUGCUCAACCAAUUUGCUAUCAAGAACGCUAGGAGAGCUUUACGGAUCAUCGGUUAA